AUGUUAUGGGUUCCAACAAAGCGGGCACAUCUGAUACUACAGGAGAUGCAUGAGAAAUAUGGCGAAGUCGUGCGAAUUGGUCCGAAUAUGGUAUCUUUCUGCAAUCCCGAGGUCAUUCCGAUCGUCUAUCCCACAAGGCAGGGUUUUCCCAAGAGCGAUUUUUAUGCGACUCUUCGACCCUAUACGAGAGGCGGCGGUGCCUUGCAAGCUGUCUUUAAUGUCACGGACGAGAAGGUCCAUAAACAGCUCAAGAGCCCGAUUGCGCCCAUCUUCUCCCCGACGAGCGCAACGUUAUUCGAGCCUCUGGUUGAUGAUGUUCUGCAGUGCCUACUCAACCAACUCGAUACACGCUUUGCGGCUAAUGGCGAAGUUCUUAACCUUGGCGCGUGGGUGCAGUUCUUUGCGUUUGAUGUGAUGGGUACCAUGACUUUCUCGAAAAGAUAUGGUUUUUUAGACAAUGGACGAGAUGUUGGGGGGAUGCUAAGCACAAUUGUUGACUUUAUGCGAUCUGCUGCACCAAUGACACAAGUCCCCUGGCUCGAUCGGAUAAUGAGAAAGAACCUCAUUGCAGAUACAUUUCGGCAAAUUUUCAAUCAAACGGCUUCGCUUUCCAUUCUUGGCUUCGUGGGUGAUGCCAUCAAAGAAAAGCGGGCCAGCUUAGCCAAUGGAACAGACAAGGUUGGAGAUAAGACCAGCACGAAGAAGGACUUCUUGUCCCGAUAUAUUGAGCUUCAAGAGAGUAGUGCUGAAAUACCCCAUUGGGCUCCAACGGCGUGGACAUUCUCCAACGUGAUUGCAGGAUCGGAUUCAGUAGGCAGCCUUAUGCGCACUAUUAUGUUUUGCCUUCUUUCCUACCCAAAUACUCUCGACAAGUUAUAUAACGAGCUCUUAUCCGCAAAUCUAUCACGCCCUUUUCCCGCAUACAAGGAACUACGGAAUCUGCCCUAUUUAGACGCAUGUAUCCAAGAGGGUUCCCGAAUACAUCCACCUUUCGCGCUGCCUUUUGAACGCGUGGUACCAGAAGGGGGUAUAACGAUUAUCGGGCAUUUUCUCCCUGCCGGUACUGUCGUAGGUGGCAGUCCAUAUGUAGUAAAUCGGCAUAAGUCAUUUUUCGGUCAGGAUGCAGAAUUCUGGCGACCUGAGAGAUGGCUCGAAAAAGAUGAUGCACAUAAAAGGAGACUAGAACAAGGAGUGUUAACAUUCGGUGCUGGCCGGCGCGUCUGUCUUGGCAAGCAUAUUGGCAUUUUGGAAAUCAAAAAACUUAUUCCAUUUCUCAUUCUCAACUACGAUAUACGGAUUAUAGAUCGCGAGAAGUUCCAGGUUGAGAACUCGUGGUUCCUCUUUCAGACAGGGCUCUAUGCUCAGCUGCAAAAAAGGCCAGAAUCCGUGAUCAACCCUCAAUUGUGA